AUAUUAAGUUGCUAUGCUUGGUUCCAACAAAAUGAUAAAAGUGGAAAGAGGGUAAGUUGAGCGCACUUAGCGCAUGAUAGCAACGGUAACUAGCCGUUGAACUUCCUAGAAAAAGUAAAGUAGGAACUGGAAUCUUCCGCCGCUCGGCAUUAAAACGUUCGAAAUUUAUUUUAAACUGAUCCCACACCCUUUUCCUGCGACGUCGUUUCUAUCUCACUCUUCCUUAUAAAUCAAAACCCCGCAAACGCUCCAAAUCGUCAAUACUCUCUCUCUCUCUCUCUCUCUCUCUCUCUCUCUCUCUCCCUCUGUGAAAAGAGGAAGUCGGAGAAACGAACCUUCUCUUUCUUCCUACUCACAAAUCUUUCUCUUUUAACUUUCAUCACUUUGCAAAAGCUUACAAACGCCCCUGGUUUUAUUUUGGUGUAAUUCCAGACCUGACCGUUGAUUCUUGCAAAUCUGUCUCAUGGCUGCCGUCAAUGGAUACCCGGACAACACUCCUGUCGGCCCCAACACCUCUCCGGCUAAACAGGCUCCGCCUCCCGCGAAGACCGUUGACUCUCAAUCUGUUCUUAAGAGGUUGCAAUCUGAACUGAUGGCCUUAAUGAUGGGUGGAGAUCCUGGGGUAUCUGCCUUUCCUGAAGAAGACAACAUAUUUUGCUGGAAAGGAACAAUUACUGGAAGCAAAGAAACUGUAUUUGAAGGCACAGAAUACAGGCUAUCACUCUCUUUUUCAAAUGAUUAUCCUUUCAAGCCUCCUAAGGUCAAGUUUGAGACCAGUUGCUUUCAUCCUAAUGUGGAUGUAUAUGGCAACAUUUGUCUGGACAUUCUUCAGGACAAAUGGUCAUCUGCCUAUGAUGUUAGAACAAUUCUACUCUCCAUCCAGAGUCUUCUUGGAGAACCCAAUAUAAGUUCGCCUUUGAAUACACAAGCAGCUCAACUUUGGAGCAAUCAAGAAGAAUAUAGAAAGACGGUGGAGAAGUUGUACAAGCCUCCUUCAGCGUGAAGGAUGGAUAAGUUGGAGAGGAGUUUCGUUGUAUACAUAUGGAAAUUUCAAUAUUUAAAUUAUUUAUUGUCUGUUAUAAUAAGAGAAAUUUCGUCAUGUACUUCCAAUUCAUGGAGGCAAUUCAUUUUUAAUUUUAAAUGUCUAGCUUUCAACAUUUGGACAAAUAUUGAAAUGUCUCUUCCGAGAAUUUUCAUCAUGUAAUUCAGAUGAUCCAUUGAGAAAAAAUAAUUCAAUUUCAAUUUAAAGUCUA